CUCGACACUUUCCAUCGUACUGCCUCAGCUAAUCGGAGUGAUUUUCGUGCACAAGGGCAACGACCCCACGUCGAACCCAGAAGGCUGCGUGUUGGUUUCAGUUCAGCUCAUUUUCCGCCUGCGCACCGCGCUGAUUUCCUGUCCUCUCACAAACUGUGCACUGUCCCUUUAACAACAAAAGGGGGGCCGCGCAGUUGGAGCUUCAACCUUUUUACAGGCUGAAGCCCCGCUCACUCAGGAUCCAUUCAUAAAUAAGACAUCGUGUGGAAAGGAAGCUCAUAUAGGCGCAUCUGAUUUUUCAUUCAGCGGACCGGAUGCGAGGGGCGAGCAGGAACCAGACACACUCACCUCGGUCGGGGACUGUGAAUCGGGGGGCACGGCUGAGAGAGCAGAAGUGACUUCCCAUGGCUGACCCCUUCAUGUGCGAGCCGUCAGGAGGCAGCUUGAUUGAGCCCGGACCGUUUCACAAACCUCUAAAAAUGCUGGUUUCAUCGCAGGAUUUUGUGUUUUCUACGUGCUUCCGCUUAACACAAGUCAUUCUGGUUUAAAGAGUCUGCCGAUACCUUCCUGCUCGUUUGUUUCUUUUUUUUUUUUAAUAAAUGAAAACACACCAGAGGAGCCGAGGACCUGUCAUACCGAUGGAGCAGUGAGUUAUGGCAGCUAAAGAGGACCUAUACGCCAAAGUGACCCCGCGGAGGCAGCGCCAGACCCGGCCGAGUACUAUCAAACAUGGGUCCACUCUGGACGUGCUGCUGUCUAUGGGCUUCCCCAAGACCAGGGCCUUGAAAGCUCUGGUUUCGACAGGAGGCAAAAAUGUCCAGGCAGCUUGCGACUGGCUCUUCUCCCAUGUGGAUGACCCUUUCCUGGACGACCCUCUGCCCAGAGAAUAUGUGUUGUAUCUUCGGCCCAGUGGACCGCUGCUCCAGCAGCUCUCACACUUCUGGCAGCAGUCCCGCCUCUCCUGUGGCAAGAAUAAGGCGCACAACAUCUUCCCUCACAUCACCCUCUGCCAGUUCUUCAUGUGUGCCGAUGGGAAGGUGGAGGCUUUGUCCGACGCUCUCCAGACCACUGUGGCCAAGUGGAAGGGUCGUAUACCCAUGCCCCUCCCCCUGGAGCUCUACACCUCCUCAACCUUUAUUGGCCUCUUUGUGGAGGAGCAGGUGGCAGAGGUGCUGAAGAGUUUCGCUGCUGAUUUUGCUACUGAAGCAGCUGCCAAAGCAGACGUUCAUGUCGAGCCCCAUAAGAAACAACUGCAUGUCACAUUGGCAUACCACUUCCAAGCCAGUCACCUUCCAGUUUUGGAGAAGUUAGCCAAAAACGUGGACGUGUCCUCAGGAUGUGACUGGCUGGCUGUGCUCUUCUCCCGGGAUAUUCGGUUUGCUAACCAUGAGACACUGCAAGUCAUGUACCCGUAUGCGCCUCAAAAUGACGAUGAGCUUGAGCUGGUGACGGGAGACUUCAUCUUCAUGUCUCCGGUGGAGCAGAGCGGUGCCAGUGAGGGCUGGGUGUACGGCACCUCGCUGGGCACGGGGCUGUCCGGCCUGCUGCCCGAGAACUACGUCAACCGUGCUGAUGAGUCUGACACCUGGGUUGUCCACGGGUCUCACUCCACCCUCAAUUGUGCCUCUCCAUCUAACUCUGGCGGCACUGUGGGUGGGUCAUUAUUUGAUGGACAGCCCAAUGACAGUUUACUUGACAGUCUCAUGGAUCCCUCCAGCCUCGCUGGCCUCUGUCCUCCCAUGCAGAUGACGAGGCCAACUAGUCAGUCCUCCCAGUCUAAGAUGAGACUGUUUGUGUGUCGCCAUGGGGAGAGGAUGGAUGUGGUGUUUGGGAAACACUGGGUCACUCAGUGCUUCGACUCCAAAGGCCGAUACAUCCGCUCCAAUCUCAACAUGCCAUCCAGCCUGCCAGCCAGAAGUGGAGGUCACCGGGACUAUGAUAAAGAUUGUCCAAUUACUGUGUUUGGCUCCACCCAGGCCCGUCUUGUAGGUGAAGCUCUAUUGGAAAGCCACACGACAAUAGACUUUGUUUACUGCUCUCCUUCUCUUCGCUGCAUCCAGACUGCUCAGAACAUUCUGCAGGGUCUCCAGCAGGAGGGAAAGACAAAAAUCAGAGUGGAGCCUGGAUUGUUUGAAUGGACCAAGUGGGUUUCAGGCACAUGUUUACCCACCUGGAUCCCACCAGCUGAGCUGGCUGCUGCUAACCUGAGCGUGGACACAACGUACAGACCUCACAUUCCCAUAAGUAAGUUGGCGGUGUCAGAGUCUUACGACACCUACAUCAGCAGGAGCUUCCAAGUGACUCGAGAGAUCCUGGCAGAGUGCAAGAGUUUGGGUAAAGGAAACACAGUCCUGAUUGUGGCUCAUGCCUCUUCCCUGGAGGCCUGCACUCGCCAGAUACAAGGCCUGAGCCCUCAAAACUCCAAGGACUUUGUCCAAGUUGUCCGAAAGAUUCCUUAUUUGGGUUUUUGUGCUUGUGAAGAAAUGGGAGAGACCGGGGUGUGGCAGCUGGUCGAUCCACCCAUUUUGCCUCUGACACAUGGACCCAAUCACAGUUUCAACUGGAGGGAAAUGUUAAUGCAACACUGAAGGAUUUGCUGUGUUUGGCUCUCUAUCAUUUUUUGCUGCCCUGAACUGCUGAAAAAAAUAUUUAUUUUUAACCCACACUGCUACAAAUUCAGCCCAACUAUUAGAAAAAAAAGAAAAAAGUCUAGCUUCUGUCAAAGACAUCAUGCAAAAAAGUAUGCAUUCAUUGAGGCAAAUGUAUGUAGAUGUACUGCUCAGGAAAGAGAAAAUACAGUUUGUGUUGGAGAUCACAGCAAAAAUGAGCUACAGAUUGGGCAGCACUAUGUCGCAUUCCCCUCAACAUUCCACUUCUUUGCCCAAAAUGUGGAGGUGCUACGAGAAAUCAGGAUUUUUCUUGAUGGAUGCUGAUGAAUCUGAUUUUAUUCCAUGGGAAGGUGUGUCAUUAAGCUCUGUCUGUGGCUCCUCCUCAGGCGUGGCAGUGAAGACUUUGUGUUCUGCUGCCUUCUCACACACUGUGACAAGAAUUAGAUGAGAGGACUUGUAUCACAGAAAUAUUUUUCCAUGUGUCAGAAGUUCUUAUUUAACUUGUAGCUAUGACCCUCCUGCACGAAAAAGCACAAAAGAAAUGUUGACAAUCAGACACGGGAGAACUGAUCUUCAUUAUUUCUGGUGCUGAGGAGGGUGGGUUUAUUAUACCUGUUUUAUUCCUGUAUGUGUCAUAUCAUUAAGUGAUUCUUCUAAGUUAACAUUUAUGUGCCCACGUGAAUCCUUUAAGCUUCCUGUGAGGGCAUGGUCCACAGGCAUUAUGUGGAGGAAAUGCGGUUUUGAUUACCACCACAAGAGCAUUCAUGUGUUGGAAGAAAAUGAAUAUAAUGAAAUGGAGACCGUUUGACUCAAACUUUUGCUUGCUUAUCAUGACCCUAACACACUCUGUAAGCCUGAUAACCACACUUUUCAAACACUUGUUGCAUUUCAUUUUUUUUUUUUUUUUUUUUUAAUUUGGUUAUGUCAGACAAUUUAAGUGCUUACUGCCUAUACCAAUUAUUUGUUGUAUGAUUCAGAAAAUCUGUUGCUACUCUCAAAAAGGAAUAAAGCAAAGGUUGUGGAGUA